CCUUCACUGGUUCAUUCAGCAUGAUGGCUGCGGAUGCUGCGGAUGCUCUCCGCCGCAUCCUGCAUCCGCGCCGGCUCUCCAUCCUCUUCAUCGCCGUCACCCUCUCCUCUCCGCCGGCCCCGACGCAAGCGCUGCUCGGCGUCCGGCCGGAGGACACCCAGAGCGGAGAGCUGUCCGUGCAGGACGGGAUGCUGAGGGCGACCGAGGGCACCCGCUUCAUGCUGAGGGUUUACUACUCUGCAGCAUCCGCAGAGCAUCCAAACAGCCUGAACAUCACCGGCAGACCCGACAGCGCACCCGCCGCUCCGUGGAUCGCGUUUAUAGAGGAGCCAGGCGGGGACAGCAGCGCGGACGCGGAGAGGAGGCUGCGCUCCAGAGGGAACCCGUGUGAGGAGGAGAAUGCCCGGAGCUCUGAUAUCGAGCUGCUUGGUUCUUUCAGAUCAACAUUAAGUCACAACUCAGUUCUGGUGGAGCUGCUCGCUAAAGACCUGCGCAGAGGAGAGGUGAUCAAACACUACUCCAUGUGCGCCUUCGAUGGAGUGAAAUGGGAACAUUUCAGCACCAAAGACUUCUGGUUGGCGGUGGUGGAGAGACCCCCGGAGGCAGAUGUGUGGCUCCAGGCGGGUGUCUCGGUGCUCCUGUUGGCGCUGUCAGCACUCUGCAGCGGUCUGAACAUCAGCAUGCUGGCUCUGGACCCCGUGGAGCUGCGGGUCCUGCAGAACAGUGGCACAGAGAAGGAGCAGAAAUACGCGCGGAAAAUAGAGUCAGUGCGUAAACAUGGUAACUACAUCCUGUGCACUGUGGUGCUGGGCAACGUGCUCACAAACACAUGCUUUGUGGUGUGGAUGUGCCAGAUUUUAGGAAUGACUGCUCUCUCAACUGCCUUCUGCACUUUGGGAAUCUUCUUCAUUGGAGAGAUUUUACCUCACUCCUUAGCGUCCAGGCACAGCCUCGCCAUCGCCUCCAAGACCCUCUGCGCGACCCGUCUGCUGAUGCUGCUCUUCUUCCCCAUCGCCUACCCGGUCUCCAAGAUCCUGGACAUCAUGCUGCACCAAGAGAUCAGCAGCUUCUACACCAGGGAGAAGCUGGUGGCCAUGCUGCGCGUCACGGACCCGUACCACGACCUGGUCAAGGAGGAGCUCAACAUCAUCCAGGGAGCGCUGGAGCUGAGGACCAAGACGGUGGAGGACGUGCUGACGCCGCUGUCCGACUGCUACAUGCUGUCGUCGGACGCCGUGCUGGACUUCUGCACCAUGUCCGACGUAAUGCAGAGCGGCUUCACGAGGAUCCCGGUCUACGAGAACGACAGGUCCAACAUCGUGGACAUCCUGUUUGUGAAAGACUUGGCCUUCGUGGACCCUGAUGACUGCACCCCUCUGAAGACCAUCAACCAGUUCUACAAGCACCCCAUGCACUGCGUGUUCAACGACACCAAACUGGAUGUGAUGCUGGAGGAAUUCAAAAGAGGUAAAUCCCACCUGGCCGUGGUGCAGAGGGUGAACAGCGAGGGCGAGGGAGACCCAUUCUACGAGAUGAUUGGCAUCGUCACCCUGGAGGACGUCAUCGAGGAAAUCAUCAAGUCUGAGAUUGUGGACGAGACGGACCUGUACACUGAUAAUAGGAACAAAAGACGAGUGUCCAACCACGAGAGGAAGCCACAGGAUUUCUCCAUCUUCAAACUGGCAGAAAAUGAGCUGAAGGUGAAGGUCUCGCCGCAGCUGCUGCUCGCAACGCACCGCUUCUUGGCCACAGAGGUGGAGCCCUUCAGGCCGUGUCACCUGUCAGAGAAGAUCUUGCUGCGUCUCAUUAAACAUCCCAGCAUUGUGCAGGAGCUCAAGUUCAACCCCAAGAACAAGCACGCUCCUCAACACUACCUCUUCCAGAGAAACAAACCCGUGGACUACUUUGUCCUCAUCCUGCAGGGGCGGGUGGAGGUGGAGAUCGGAAAGGAGGCUCUCCGCUUUGAAAAUGGAGCUUUUUCCUAUUACGGCAUGCCAGCACUCAUUCCACCCCUGCCUAUCAGUCACAGGUACAGUUCCCGCGGCAGUGGUCUGAACCAAUCAGAUUCAUUACUGAGUGGAAGCAGUGUGGGUCAGCUGACCACAGGAGGAGGGAUCUACUUACCAGACUACUCUGUUCGACAGCUUACGGACCUGCAGAUCAUCAAGAUCACCAGGAACCACUACCAGAACGCCCUGAUGGCCACCAGGAUGGACAGUUCCCCUCAGACACCGGACCCAUUGGAUCCUGAUGCCAAAGGGAGGCCUCCGGGCCCAGAGGCUCGCUCGCACAGCAUCGCCCUCCCUCUCACACACACGCACACUCGGAUGGGGCUGGCUCGCCUUGCACAUCUCCAUCCCCACGGCGCCCUGCGCAACACGUCCCAGCUCAAUGAAAGAAACCGUAUCGUGCGCAGUAAAUCUGAUGGGAUGAGGAGUCCCAACGAUACUGUGUUCCUCCGCAUGGAUGAGAUUCCCUACAUUCACGAGGACAGACCGGAAAGUUAUGGAGAGGAUGAUGUGCCUACUGAGUCUCAGCCGUCCACCUCUCCCCUCAUCAGUUCUCUGUCACUGUCCAGCUCCGAGGAGACCAUCGGAAAGAGACUCUUGCGUAAACUGAGUAACAAAAGGAGGAAAAAGUCUCGGGACGGAGAGAAGAGUUUGGAGGAGGGCUCAGAGAAACCACCAGUGACGAGCUAGCACAGCGGCACAGAGGAAGAGGGAUAAAGCCCACAUCUUUCUCCUCGUCAUCCACCUCAGUAAAUAACUGCCCCUCUGUAGACUCCCUCCUCGACUCUCAGGAGACUGAGCCAUCCUUAUCCUUUCUGCUGUAGACGCCGAUAAUUCUCAGGUCCCCACUGACACACACUCUGUCCCACCUCUCACCCUUGAUGAUUACUUGGACGUAUUGGAUUUAACAAGCCUUACUCUGGACUGCACGGAUCCUAGCAGGUUUUACUCACAUGUUUUGUAGUUAAUGGGGCAAACAGUGUCCACCUCACCUUUUUAAUGGUUGUUCUAUUCAUAAACAUUUAAUCAUCUUCAUUCAUGACAUAUGUGUUACUGAAACUGAUUCAUAGCUUGUAAUUUUAUUUAAGGAGAUCAAGCUCAUCAUGGUCUUUAGAGACAGCUUUUACUUGAACAAUGAAUACACAAGUAUUGAUAAUGUGUCAUUAUGGGGAAGUUCCCAAAUACUGAAAAUGUUGUUUGCACAGGGAACUGUCCUAACUUUGCCACGAGGCUGCCACUGACUGCCAACACAACCCGACACACGCAUCAGCCUCCCGGCAAGAGCACAAUUUUUUACACCCGGUUAAAAGAACACAGUUAUUCUUAAAAAGCCAUAAAUGAAUUCACAGCUUGAAUGACUUCCUUUUUGUGCACUGACCUUUCUGCAAGUGUAGAGAGGAAUGCACAAUCCUGAAAAAGAAAAAACAACAGAAUUUCUUAAUUGAUUUUUAUACAAGUGCCAGAAUUACUUCAAGUAAUAUUUCAGAUAGCAAUAUAAGUCAUCGCACAUGCUGUAAAAUGCUUGAAUUCAUCACCACAAUACCACAUACUUAAGUUUUCAGGACCUAACUGCAGACACAAUUGCACACACACAUGAGACGCCUGGAAAACAACAAGGGCUGGGAGAGACUAAAAUAACUCAGAGCAGGGAGCUGGUCCAACAGAAAACUUUUCAGAAGAGGAGUCAGAGCUCUGAGGCUCAAACACACAGGGGAGGAAGGGAUAAUUGGGCACAGGUGGAACACUACAAGGUGGGGCGUAUAGUCUCAAAAGAGAGAGAAAAAUAGACAAAGACAGGAAGUUAAACAUCCAAUAAACACAAGAUAAGAUAUCAAAAUACAGGAAAUAAAAAGGGUUAGUCUAAAAUUCCAAAGAAUCACUUUAGAAGUCCCUGUAGGGACAGAUCAUGACACAUACAUGAAUCUUUCUAAACUUAAAUGCAUGUUAUUAAUUUACUUUCUGUCUGUUGUCCCAUUAAAACUCACCUUUCUCUAGAUGUGGCUGUAUGGUCACAGCCUCAGUGUUCACGUCGCCACAUUUUCCCUUCAUGUUAUCACAUAUUUAAAGAAAUCUUUAGCCUCUGUUAAUGGCACAUCAUCCCACCGAUAGACAAUUUCAUUUCUUACCAUUAGCUACCACGUUUCUAUGUAGUUUGUCUCUCAUGGGGUCUGUCAUUAAGCUGUGUACACUAUUUUAAAAUAAGCUAUGGGGUUUGGGGACUUGGGUGCAACUCAAUGAGUGUUCUUGAAGAAGAGUAGUUGCUAUACUUGCAUGUUUGUUAACGCUGCUUCUUACCUUACACUAUUCCCCCUGUAGAAACAUGUGCAUGCUUAUAUAAGAGGAUGCAUGAGUAGGAUGAUACUGAUCUGCACUGAUGUCUCCCCACAGAGGUUCAGUGUGUGACAUACUGAAAUCUUACACUAUACCGUAGAUAUUAAAAUGAGGUCCAGAGAGGUUUAACUUAGAGUUGAGAAAAAAAGCAGAGCUACAUAAAGUGUUUUUUAUAAUAAUAAUGUUUUAACUGGUACUACUAACCAUCGACUGUAUAUAAAGAUUUAUAACGGGUUUCCCCUUAGGAUCCAGAAAUGAAGCCAAAUUGUCUCAGAUACGAUGGCGCCAUCUUGUGCCUAAGGUGACAUCUGGAGCCAGAGUCUGAUGGUGCCAUGGUAGCGAGGUCCCACCGGUACAUGCACUCGACCAAUUACAAGUCCUAAAACAUUAGCUUGUUUUUUUGAUUUUAUGAUCAAAUAAGUAAUUUAAACCGAACAUACUGGUAAAAUGAGCACAUACACUAGUGUGAUAAGAACUGCAGUACAUAACAGAAACCAUCUGUGAGAAAAAAGUAUUUGACGUGUACUUUGACCUCUUAGUUAGGUCCAUGUCCCAUCCACUAACCUGGAGGAGGUGGGGAGUUUUUGACUAUACUGCAGCCAGCCAGCCACCAGGGGGCAAUCAGGACUCUCUGGCUUCACUUCUGGGGAGCCGUCAUCGCAUCCAUCUCUAUAUACAGUCUAUGCUAUUAACACACAAGGGUGGGGGCUUUAGGGGGAAGUGAGGUCAAAGGAAACUAGGAACUGAGGAGGCCAUGAACGCUGCUCACUGAGGGAACUUUAAAGCCAUUCUUAUAGAAAAGAAAAAGUGCAAUAAUAACCUGAUUGGUUAGAUCUUUAAUAAUAAAGUGAUAAUGUGAUUGUUUCUAACUGGUGAAUCUUCAGGCACAAGUUGGACUGUGCUUCUCUGCAUUGUGAAAUCUUGGCAGGUACUCUGCUCCAGAGAUCAGUCAGAAGUACGUACGAAAGAGGAAAGCAAUAUGACGCACGCUGACGUCAAGCCACCACCUCCUCUCAAACACACACACACUCACAGGUGGUGUUUGGGGACACUCAGCGAUAGAAUUCAUUCUGCCUGGUGAGGCUGUGGAAGUACAAAGGAGACUGCACUGCUAAGCUAUUCACAUUGAGCUGUCUGUAUACACUGAACACACAGGCGGAGGUCUACUGAUGUGACCACUGACUCAGAGCCAGGAGGAUUUGUGUGAAUCAGAAACUGUCGCAGCUUUCACAGAUUUUGCUGGUUUACACUGAUUUAUAUUCAUAGCUGCAAGAACUGUUUGUACAGGAUGAACCGGCAAAGUCACAUUUUGUAAGGUAAAAAUUAUAUAAGUUGCCCAAAGAUAUAAAGGGAAAGACCAUAUGCUCGGCACAAGGGGAAAAUGAAUUAUUAAUAAAUUAACUGAACUACUAUUUGUGAACUUUUUGUUUCUGUUUCUGUAUUUGUCUAUUUCAAAGUACAUUGUGUCUUUCAAAGGGUCACUCACUACAAAUUAUUUGUACAGAGGCUUGUG